CUUCAACUUCAUCUCCUCUUCUCCCCUCUCUCUCCCCUCUUUUCUCCUCUCUAUCUCUCAACCCCUCUCCUUAUCUCUCAACUAACUUUCUUCCCCCCUAUCUUAUAUCUUAUCAAGCAUGUCCUCGCCGUAUCAUCGUCGUCCUCUCCCAGAUUAUUUCCUGUCUUCGCCCUUGACCGCUCUCCUCUAUCCUUUUCACCACUUCUUCACUCAACUACGUGGCCCUCCCCAUCGUCCCCCGCCUGAUUCUCGUCCCAUUCGUGUCGUCUGUCUCUCAGAUACCCACACCCUCGAAUGGCCCGACGUCGACGUGCCGGACGGCGAUCUCCUCAUCCACUCCGGCGAUUUAUCCAAUGAUGGGUCCGUCCGCGAGAUCCAAGCCACCAUCGAUUGGCUACGAUCCCUGCCACACUCGCACAAGGUCGUGAUUUGCGGCAACCAUGACAGUUACUUCGACCUCCGUUCCCGCCUAGCCGAGGACCGUGACCAGCCUUCCUUUGCCGCCGUCUCCUCCUCAACCGCUUCCCUGCGCUCCCUCGACGACGACCCCCGCAUCGACUGGGGGGACAUCCACUACCUGCAGCACUCGUCCGUCACCCUGUCCUUCCCCCCUCUCCCACCGCCGUCCGUCCCGUCGUCGCCCUCAUCCACCUCGUCCUUCUCGUCCUUGAUGGCCAACCCCACCCCCACCGGCCGAUCCCUGACCGUGUACGGCGCUCCCCAAGUCCCCGCUCUCGUCCCCUUCGGCCCCGAACACGCCUUCACCUACCCGCCGCACCACGACGCCUGGUCUGGCACCGUCCCCAUCCACACCGACAUCCUCGUCACGCACACCCCGCCCCAGGCCCAUCUCGACCUGUCCCCCGUCUACUCCACGGGCUGUCCGUCACUACUCUCCGAGAUCUGGCGCGUGCGCCCACUCCUGCAUGUCUUCGGCCACAUCCACGACGGUUACGGCAUCGAGCCCGUCUACUGGGACGAAGCCCAGCGCGCCUGGGAGCGGCUGUGUGCGUCGCGCCUCCGCCGCGCGCGCUCCUCGCGCUCCAGCAACCUCCUCAUGGGCAUCCUGCGAGAUCUCGCCGACCUCUCCGGCUGGUUUGACGCCGCCCGGGUCGUUGUCUACGGGGUCCUAGGCAUUGUAUGGGCCAAGGUCUGGGGCGGUGACAACGACGGCUCCGGAUGGAUCGUAAAUGCCGCCGGCAUGAGCAGUACCUCAGGACGGUUAAUCAACCGCCCUCACGUGGUAGAUUUAUAACUGCCUUUUCCUUCUCUCUUUUCUCUUUUCUUUUUUUCCCCUCUUCUUUCUCUUUUGACGACUCUUUCACCUCAUGAAAAACCACCCCGUGGUCCCCAUGACUGUACAUAGUCAGUGAUGCCCUUUAAGACAUUCCCAUCUGCACAGCGAGCGAGCGAGCGAACAGCAACCGAGCGGUCAUUGGAUGAAACUGCAUUGGAUUUGGGCGUUAUUCUAAUUUUUCAACAUAUCUUUGAAUAAGAUUCACGAAGGCAAGACUAUAUAUCAACUAUAGUUUGCACAAAAUAUUUCCAUAAUAUAACUCAGCAAGACUUUUUGCA